AACUAUUGGCGGCCAUUUUGAAGUUCGUUGUGUUCUCUGUCAAAAAUAAUUUAAACUUUUCAACCCUUAACCUUUAGCCCAUCUUUAGACAAGUAUUAGAAGCUUGAAAGAAUAACGUGUUUUAUUGGAGCAUAUGUCCCUGUGAUCAAGGAGGAGAUUCAAGCACUUGACGCCCUCUAUCAUAUCCAUAGUCGUUUCAGUAGGAAAAGUGGAAAACAUGGAAGAUAAAACAGUCUUAAAAUCAAGAAGAUUAAAGAGAAAGAGUGAGGAGGACUUAAUAACCAGUGGCAGCCACAAGGAAAAUUCACAAGACUAUGACAGGGCAAGACUGAGCUCCAAAAUGAGAAAGAUUAAUCCUUCAAGUGAUGAUAACCAACAUGGAGCAGAAAGCAUGGCGAAAGGCAACAUGAAGGAAAAUUCUCUUGUCUCUUUGUGGGAGUCACCUAAAUAUAUUCUAACAAAAGUUCGCAGAAGAAGUAAAGACAAGAAAAAGCCUAUGGUACCUCCUCUGGGAAGCUUUAAUGAAAACACAGAAUUUACAGAUUCUGCAACUGGAUUUAUACUUUCUCCUCAAGCUGAGAAACCUUACCAGUGUCACUUGUGUAUUAAACAAUUCAAGUAUUUUAGUAAUUUGAAAUCCCACAUGAACAUAGUGCACAAGAAAACAAUUGCACAGUCUCAUAUUGAUAGCAAGACACCACAUCAUGCAAAUGGACAAUUAUUUCAGUGUGAAGUUUGCUUCAGGAACUUUAAGUAUUUCAGCAAUUUGAGAACACAUAGGCUUGUUCACACAACUACAGAAAUAAAUGAUGCAGUCUCUGACUAAAAA